GCCAUGUCGAAGCCGCCGCCGGGACCCCAACCCAGCCCGGAUGCACCACCCUCCGAGAACAGAUUGCUGACCCCUGAGGAAUGGGCACGCGUUGCGCAUGGCGUAGGAGCGAUCCGAGAGGGCGAAGAAACACACCAAGUUGUACACCCGACAUGCUGGUACUGGCCUCCCAAGGGCAUGCCUGAGGGCCUCUACCGAGACGUGAUCACGCAGCGGUCCAAGUACAUGAUGCUGUACCUGGUUCUCAGCACGCUGCGAUGGGCGCUGAUGAUUCUGCAACUCGUUGUCGGCGCCGCCGUGACGGCUUUCGGCGCCGCAGAGUCACAUAUGGUUGACACCAUCACCGUCCUCGGCGCCGUCAACACCGUCAAUGCCGGCCUGUUGGCUCUGAUGCACAACAGCGGGCUGCCGGACCGGUACAGGAUGGACAAGGUUGAGUUUGUGAGGGUGGAGGAUUUUCUAAAGGAACUGCUCGACACGGGCGUCGUCAGAGCCAACCAGCCGGUCGAGGACGUCCUCGACGAUUGCUUCAACCGCUUCCAGAACGCAAAGGCUACCGUGUUGGCCAACAAGCCCGAGGCAUACGGCACGAGCACCAGUUUCUUUUCCCCGCUGUUCAGUAAGGGUAUACUACCACCCGCGCAAGGCCACCCUACUCGACCGUGAAUUACGGUCAGGACUCUCCCAGAGCUUGACACGGGACAUACUUUUCUUCCUUCUGCUUUCUUCUCUCUUUUAUCUUGAAUGUUUUGUUCUAACCCUUUCCUUUGUUGUUGUUAUCUCCCUGCCGAGUCUGAGAGGCGACAUCGGAUGAUGAAUAUCCUUAGAGCAUAUUAGCAGCUGGUUGUUUUCAUCAUUAAAGGACCGUUUACAGAACACAUGGACAAUAACUACACUUGGUCUACUUGAUAUGCUGGGGGAAUGAGUGAUAGGGAGCACUCUAUAUAUGGCGGGUAUGACUUGGUCUGUCUUGGCUCCUACGAGAAGUUCAUAGGUUUGGUACCUUAUUAUUAACGGUGGGACUGGGCAAGCAUAUGGAUUUGGCACAGUUUAUUGGAAUUCACCCCUGUGUUGUGAUUCUGCUCCUUGAUCUGCGGUUC